ACCCACCCACACACACACACACACAAUCAUAUGCUGUGAAUUAGAGCUUCUCUGAUUGUUUUUGCCAUUUCAUCUCUCAAAAGCGACAGAGGAGACAUCACACACUCACAGUCUAUUGACCCAUGGACCAAGUCAUGAUCAGUGAAGUAUAUCGGGGUUUCCCUAUGACGCCAUCGCCCCGCCCCCUCCGUGACUGAAGACCGAUACUGCGAGUUCCCCUUUUCGUUUCUGUGGCUGCGCGCGCGAUACCGAGCGUCUCUCUCUCUCACGUUCAGUGGAAAUGCGGCGCGGCUCUCUGUUCCUGUUGGUCGUCAUUUCAGCGCUGCAGCUAAUAAGCGCAGGUGACGAUCCUGUAGUGCACAAUGUGCAGGGGAUUGUGGGUGGAAGUGUGAAAAUGCGCUGUGAGCUGGAGCACCCACACAUCGUUAACAGGCUUUACUUCCAGAAGACAGUAAAAGGAGAUGAAAUCUUCAUCAACGGGUUUUACCCCAGAAGUCCACUCACACUGCGUGAAGAGUACAAAGAUCGCACCAUCGUCAACCAAACGGAACUCAGCAUGGAGAUGUCUGAGCUCUCUCCUAACGACGAGGGAGAGUACACCUGUAUCAUCUUUUUCAAUAGUGACUCUCCCAUCAAAAAAAAGUUUCACCUCACAGUUACAGCCAAUUACAGCGUUCCCGUCAUAACCCGCCAGGGUUGCGGCAGUGACCCAGCCGACCAUAACUGCGUGAUCGGAUGUUCGUCGUCAGGGGGAUAUCCUCGCAGUAAUGUAACCUGGGGUGUGGUCGGAGCUGACAUGAGCAGCCUGCUGACGAGCGAAGGGGACCCUGUGUUUACGCAGGACAGAGACUCGCAACUUUGGAACGUGUCCCACGUUGUUAUGCUGAACUGCAGCCGGAUGCUGAACAUCACCUGCUCUGUUAGGGGAGUCGUGUCACAUGCUCUCAGUGUGUGUGAUAUUCCUGCUACCCCAGAUAUUAUCACGCCAAUUGCAAGUGUUGUGCUGUUGCUGGUUCCCAUUACCCUCAUUGUGAUUGCUAUGAUAAAGUGCAGAAGAAGACAACCCUCAGCCGAGCUCUCAACAGAUGCCGAGCUUGCGAGUUUAAACUCAGGUCAGGCUGGAUGAACACGGCGAAACACACGCUUUCUGAAAACUUGACCUGAAGAUCCGUGUGUGUGUGUGUGUGUGUGUGUGUGUCUGAUGGACAGAUGAAGAAGCAGACGGACUAUCAGAGUUCGUACACACUCUGCAGCUAACGGACAAGCGCGGUUCGAAGUCAAACCUGCGGCUACGGCAUGUCUGAUCUGCUGGAAGAGCCAGACACCGCAUCAGCAACAACAACAACAUUCCUUUCUAUUUUGUUUUUAAAAAAAAGUUUUUGUUACUAGAAGAAAUGUUACAUUUCUUUCGAUGAAAUGUGAUCUGUCAUAUUGAACACGAUGGCAUUUCAGAACACUGACAAAACCGGCUUAACGUUCAGGUUUCUGUCUUUAACAAAUAUAUUAGCUUAACAUUUAUUAACCUAACAUUUCUGUAGAUUAGCAUAACACUCAAAGCAUAGCAUUCAUCUUAGAUAGCUUAGCAUUCACAAACUGCAGUUUUCUACACGGAGGCACGAUAAAUUAAAUACGCGUUAACAAUUGGCUUGCUAGCUAGCUAGCUACUACGGAAACACGGUGCAAACCUAGUCGAACCUUUCUGCAAAUCUAACAUUACUGGAACUGGAAAUCAGUUUAGCUCUAUCAGUUUCUUCCUUCUCAGGGAAGAAAAUGGCUGCCAUUACUUAAAAAAAAAAAAAAGGGAAAAAAAAAGUAUUAAGCUGUGUUUCCUUCUCACUGUUAAAUGUUUAAACAUCCAAAGGUUAUAAAUGCAUUCCUGUUAUAAUGUGAUUACUUUGGAAGCGUGUACAUUUAGUGUGUGCGCUUGUGGUGUGUUCACACCGGUGCGAUAUAGUGCACUAUUUAUUACCGUCGUAUACCUCUGAGAAUAACGUGUGGAACACUGGACACACCAAGCGAGAACACAUCUACGCCUGCGGCUGUUCGAUUCCGGAGUCGACUCGGAUUCUGAUGGGAGUCGAUUCCAUGAGUCGACUCGGAUUCUGAUGGGAGUCGAUUCCAUGAGUCGACUCGGAUUCUGGUGGGAGUCGAUUCCAUGAGUCGACUCGGAUUCUGAUGGGAUUUGAUUCCGUUGUCGACUCGGAUUCUGAUUGGAGUCGAUUCCAUGAGUCGACUCGGAUUCUGACGGGUGUCGAUUCCAUGAGUCGACUCGCCCUUAGAAUUUUCUCCAGUCCAAAAAAGACAGGGGGAAAAAGAUUAGCGGUGCAAUAUUCAUUAAGUGCACGAGACAGCUUCAAACAUGCCGUUACAACAGGAGUUUGACAGUUAGCAAACUGCAAACUUAGCAAACACCAAUUUAUGUUAGCAAAACGUUCAACCUAGCGUUCAAAAUAAUUGGCAUCAGCGAUCUUUCAGCGCGCAUUAAAAAGUUAUUGCAGGUCAACUCUGGAAACUAGCUAGCUUGUUACUAGAUGUUUGAAGACUCUGUGAAAUGCACAGCGUUAUCUGACGUGUUGAUGUAAUUUCCACUGAAAAAGGAAGUUAGAACAGGACAUAUCGAGUGGCUCUUUCCCCUUUUUAAAUACCCAAUAACUUUUAGCUUACCUCACAGCCCAGGCUACGCCGUACUUAACAGUUAGCACCAUGGAUUAUUAUCAUGUUGGGGGCGGGACACUUCAGGCACUUCCAUAGAGCAUUUGAUUGGAUUUCAUUUUGAAUUUGUAUGUCUUCUAAAUGCUAAUUUUGUCACUGUUUUGGAGCACACUAGCUUAUAAAUAACCUUAAGGUGAACAUAUUUAUACUAAAAGCCACAAAACUGUCAUUUUGAUUUCAUGUGGACUUUAAAGCGACUCCAUUGUUGUCUAGUCUGUUGUUUAAUUCGAACAUUUCGAGAUUUAGCGAAUGCUAGUUGAAUUAGAAUAGCUAAUUGUAACGGGCUAGCUAAAGUGUGCCCGAUUAACUCCCGUCAACUCCCAUGUGGUUUGAUUGUUUGUUGACUUGUUGUUGACUGAACGUUUUAUUUCGUUUUUGCGAGUAAAAUACAGCCGUCGGGCUGCGAGGGCGUGUAGAUGAGGGACGCAGCUUCUGCAAACUACAUGUGGAGACAACUCUCAAUUCCCAGAUGCCUGGAAUCAGAGACCCCGUUUUCAACCCCUAGGCAAACUCCAAACGAAACUCAGGGAGCAUUCUAGAACGUUAAAUUGGUCUUGUUCUAGAACAUAAACUAAUUGGUAUUCUAUUGUUAAUCUACGAAUCAUUCUGGAACACUAAACCAAGGAGUGUUCUGCUGUAGAAUGCUGCCUAGUUUACCUUUCUAGAGCGUUCUAGAACUCUCCUUGGUUUAGCACUACAGAGCGCUUCUUGGUGGUUCUUCUAACGAUGGUUCUCAUAAACAUAUGUACAGAUGCAUUCAGUCACUUUAAGGAAAGUUCUCUGGCAUAUUUUUUUUUUUAUAUUAAUGCCCUACACAUACUACAGGGAACUUCCUAGAACUCUGUGUGUGUGUGUGUGAGAGAGAGAGAUUUUGGGAAUCUAUAAAAUGUUCAUCAUCUAUUUACUUUAUUAAACUCUUGAAUGCGUAGAAAAUUGCCGUGCGUGUUCACGCCAAGUCCUUUAUAAACCUCUUUCCUAAAGGAAAUACUCUUGUCAGUUUCGUUUUAUAAAUGAUGUUCUUGGCUCAUUGUAUUUAUAGUGAUACAAGUGUGUAAUAAAAUUGUUCUCUUUUUUUAAA